CUUUUACAUGCUCUGUGCAGCACCACCAGAGGAUGCAAAAAAAUUCAAACUAGGAGACCCAAGAACAUUCCACUAUCUAAACCAAACAAACUGUUACGAAGUAGCAAAUGUAGAUGAUGCAAGGGAGUAUCUAGAAACCAGAAAUGCCAUGGAUGUUGUUGGGAUCAGCCAGGAUGAGCAGGAAGCAAUAUUCCGCGUGGUAGCUGCAAUACUCCAUCUGGGAAACAUCGACUUCAUAAAAGGGAAGGAACCUGAUUCUUCCAAACUGAAAGAUGAGAAAUCACUCUAUCAUCUUCAGACUGCUGCCGAGCUACUCAUGUGUGACAAGAAUGCACUUGAGGACUCACUCUGCAAGCGGGUAAUUGUCACUCCAGAUGGGAACAUUACAAAAUUACUAGACCCAGCUGCAGCUGUUACGAGCCGUGAUGCCCUGGCAAAGACAAUAUAUUCCAGAUUGUUUGACUGGAUUGUGGACAAGAUAAAUAAUUCAAUUGGUCAGGAUCCCAAUGCAAAAAGCAUUAUUGGAGUCCUUGAUAUUUAUGGUUUUGAGAGCUUCAAGAUCAACAGUUUUGAGCAGUUGUGUAUCAACUUAACAAAUGAGAAGCUGCAACAGCAUUUUAAUCAGCAUGUGUUCAAGAUGGAGCAAGAAGAGUACACGAUGGAGGAAAUCAACUGGAGUUAUGUAGAAUUUGUUGAUAACCAAGACAAACCUGGGGGUAUAAUUGCUCUUCUUGAUGAAGCCUGUAAGCCAAAGCUUGCUCGAACUGACUUCACAAUCAACCAUUAUGCUGGAGACGUUACUUAUCAAGCUGAUCAAUUCCUCGACAAAAACAAGGAUUAUGUAAUAGCAGAACAUCAGGCUCUUCUAGAUGCCUCUAAUUGUCCUUUUGUUGCAAAUCUCUUUCCUCCAUUACCAGAGGAAACAUCUAAGCAAUCCAAGUUCUCUUCGAUUGGUACUCGCUUCAAACAACAAUUACAAGCUUUAAUGGAAACCCUGAACACAACGGAGCCACAUUAUAUCAGAUGUGUAAAGCCCAAUGCAGUUCUAAAACCUGGAAUCUUUGAGAACUUCAAC